AUGGCUUCCGUCAAGCCCCUCCCGACCACUUGCCCCGCCGCCAAAUCAUCGAUUCUCGAACAGAUUGGCAACACGCCACUCGUCCGUUUGAACAAGAUUCCUCAGUCGCUGGGCAUCGAGGCGCAAGUAUGGGCCAAAUGCGAGCUGUUCAAUGCGGGCGGUAGCGUAAAGGAUCGCAUUGCGCUCCGCAUGAUCGAAGAGGCCGAGAAGAGCGGGAGGAUCAAACCAGGUGACACUUUGAUUGAGCCGACGAGUGGGAACACCGGGAUCGGUCUUGCCCUCGUAGCAGCGGUGAAGGGCUACAAAACCAUCAUCACCUUGCCGGAAAAGAUGUCGGCUGAGAAAGUGUCUGUCCUCAAAGCACUCAACGCUACCAUCAUUCGCACUCCUACCCAAGCCGCUUUCGACAGCCCUGAAUCUCACAUUGGUGUUGCUCGACGUCUCGAGAAAGAGAUCCCCAAUGCACACAUACUUGAUCAAUAUGGCAACCUCGACAACCCUCUCGCUCACGAGCAUGGUACCGCCGAAGAGAUCUGGACGCAGACCUCGGGUAAAAUCACUGCCGUGAUUGCGGGUGCCGGCACAGGUGGGACAAUCACUGGUAUCGCGCGCGGGCUGCACAAGCACAACUCCAAUAUCAGGAUCAUUGCCGCCGACCCCAAAGGCUCCAUUCUCGCGCUCCCUACCUCACUGAACGAUGAGGGCGCCAACGACCCAUACAAAGUGGAAGGUAUCGGCUACGACUUUAUCCCCGACGUACUCGACCAGAAGAUUGUGCAUAACUGGUAUAAAACUGAUGACCGGGACUCAUUCCACUACGCGCGCCGGCUCAUUGCCGAAGAAGGCAUUCUCGUCGGCGGUUCCUCCGGAUCCGCAAUCGCCGCGCUCGUCGCUGCACACCGCGAUGGGCACUUCUCAAAAGACGACGUCGUCGUGGUCGUCCUACCCGACAGCAUUCGUUCCUACCUUUCCAAGUUUGCCGACGACGAUUGGCUGGCGGCCAACGACCUUCUCCCGCCCACACCACCAGCCGAGCCCGCCUCCCCCAAGCUGCAACGGACCCCUUCUAUCGAGCAACCCAAAGACCCCUUCGCCAAUGCCACCGUGCGUUCUCUCCGCCUGAAGCCAAUCCAGACAAUCCCAGCCGACAGCACCUGCGCAUACGCCAUCGAGACCAUGCGCGACAAAGGCUUCGAUCAGCUGCCCGUCACCAGCAGCACGGGCAAGCGUCUCGUCGGACUCGUCACGCUCGGCAACCUGCUCUCCCGCGUCAGCCACGGGCGCGCCACCGCCCAGUCCCCCGUCAGCGACAUCAUGUUCGACUUUGGCAAAAUCAGCGAGGUCAUCACUGACCCCCGCGAUUUCGGCAACUUGGCGAGCCACGGUGCCAACAACACCGAGGUAAACGGGGACGCCAAGCGGAAAGACCAGAAGGCAAAGUCGCAAAAGGAUUUUGUGGAGAUCACGAUGGACACGCCGCUCAGCGCGUUGAACAGGUUCCUGGAGUGGCAGAGUGCUGCUAUUGUGACGGAGCGGGAUGCGGCGGACACUGGCGCUGGAGGUAAGGGGUCUUUGAAGCCUGUGGCGAUCGUGACAAAGGUCGACCUUUUGACGUGGAUGGUGAGUCAGCAUAAGAUCUAG